UUGGCAUUCUCCAUUUUUGGUGUAUUUGUUGCAGUCACAAAGUUUAGGCACCAAAAUAAAGAUGGCUGCUGGAGUGGCAACAUGGCUGCCCUUUGCCAGGGCGGCAGCGGUUGGUUGGCUUCCUCUGGCGAAGAAAAUCAUGCCAAAGCCGCCCCUGGACAAAAAGAGCCGCAAUGAUGAAAUUCUUUUCGUCAACGUAAGCGGGCUUCGCUUCCAGACAUGGAAAAACACACUGGACCGCUAUCCCGACACCCUGCUAGGCAGCUCGGAAAAGGAAUUUUUCUUCAACGAGGACACUCAGGAAUAUUUUUUUGAUAGGGACCCGGAGAUGUUCCGGCAAAUUUUGAAUUUCUAUCGUACGGGCAAGUUGCACUACCCUCGGCAAGAGUGCAUUCAGGCCUUUGACGAGGAGCUGGCAUUUUAUGGCAUCGUGCCGGACAUCAUCGGAGACUGCUGCAUGGAAGAGUACAGGGACCGAAAGAAGGAAAACCAGGAACGUUUGGCAGAGGACACGGAAGCGGAGAUGGCGACAGAUACGCCUUUACCACCGGACAGCACAUCUCGAGAGCGUUUGUGGCGAGCUUUUGAAAACCCCCACACAAGCACCAUGGCUCUCGUUUUCUACUAUGUCACAGGUUUCUUCAUUGCCGUCUCGGUCAUUGCAAACGUAGUAGAGACUGUUCCCUGUCGGCCCAUUAAAGGCAGCAAGCGAGACUUGCCUUGCGGCGAGAAGUACUCUUUAGCAUUUUUCUGCAUGGACACGGCAUGCGUGCUCAUCUUUACGUUUGAGUACCUAAUGAGGCUUUUUGCCGCACCUAGUCGUUGCAAAUUCAUGCGUUCGGUCAUGAGCGUAAUUGACGUUGUCGCUAUCAUGCCCUACUAUAUCGGCUUGGUCAUGCCCGAGAACGAGGACGUGAGCGGAGCCUUCGUAACCUUGAGGGUCUUCCGUGUCUUCCGAAUCUUCAAGUUCUCACGUCACUCUCAAGGCUUACGGAUCCUGGGUUAUACUCUUAAGAGCUGUGCUUCCGAACUGGGGUUCCUCCUUUUCUCGCUCACUAUGGCCAUCAUCAUAUUUGCCACUGUCAUGUUCUACGCCGAGAAAGGCACCAAGGGAACGAACUUCACCAGCAUUCCGGCCUCCUUCUGGUACACGAUUGUCACCAUGACAACACUUGGGUAUGGGGACAUGGUUCCGAACACCAUUGCUGGAAAAAUAUUCGGAUCUAUCUGCUCUCUCAGCGGCGUGCUGGUUAUCGCCCUUCCUGUACCUGUCAUUGUGUCCAACUUUAGCCGAAUCUACCAUCAGAACCAGAGAGCGGACAAGAUGCGAGCGCAGCAGAAAGUGCGUCAAGCCAGGAUACGCAUGGCCAAGAAGGGAACCACCAAUGCCUUCCUAAAUUAUAAAGAAGAAGGAGGAUUUCAGGUGAGACUGAUGGAUAAUCAAUAUGUCUCCAGUGACAGCGACAGCGCUUUGUGUCUGAAAAACAGAUCUUCCUUUGAGCACCAACAUCAUCACCUGCUACACUGUCUGGAGAAGACAACAAACCAUGAGUUCACAGAUGAGUUGACAUAUAGUGAGAUGUGUAUGACAGAGUCUUUGGGCUUCCGAACCAGCCGUAGUACUUCCAUCUCCAGCCAGCAGGGGAUGGCGACUUCCUGCUGCCCACGUAGGUCGAAGAGAAGAGCCAUCCGCCUGGCCAACUCGACUGUCUCUGUCAGCCGUGGUAGCAUCCAGGAGCUGGACACUCUACAAGUGCAUUGUAUGUGCUUGCACCCUAACAGUCGCUCCAGUCUCAACGCACGGACAGAAGAUCUUAAGCUAAAUUGUGAGGACAGGGAUUUCACAGCGGCUAUAAUCAGUAUACCCACGCCUCCCGCAAACACCCCAGAUGAAAGCCUUCCACCCUCCCCUGCAAUUCCAGGAAUCUUACGCAACUCACGCGCCAUUUCCUACACCCAUGAGGCCUUUAAGAUCUCCUCCUUAUAACCUACACAAGCACACAAGCACCCCCUACUGCACAAUGAAAAGGAAGGAGGGGGGCUUCUCCCAGGAAACGACUGGAAUGCCUUCAUUCCAAAUUUCUCGACUGACUAGGACUUUCUGUGACCCUGUUGAACAUCAAAAGGACCUAGACAACUCUGAUUGAUCGUACAUGUCUUGGGU